ACCAACUCUGACCUCGCUCCUCACGCAGUCUCAGCAAAGCCAAGCGCCAGUGCAGACUUCUUUCCUUCGCAAGAGUCCAACUAAGUCAGUCAAAGUCCACAGUCAAUUGACCUUUUUUUCCCACUCGUCCACCUCCACCACCACCGCCACCACCACUACCUACCUAACCACAAUCUCCUCGCUUUGCACACGCACACACACACACACACACGCGCGCUACGAGCAGUACGUUGUCCACCGUCACCACCACCACUAGCAUCAUUUUCAUCAUCACCAUCUUCCUCAAUCAAGAUGCCUACGCAGCUACCAUCGAGCUUUGCCUCUGCGGCCGCCGGCCAAACCACCAGAGGAGACGCCAGAUCCGGUGCCCGAGGCGAUUCCGUCCGAGGUGCGGGCAGCGGCGAAUGGGCUCGUUCGAACGGCACCAGAACCUUCCGCCGCUCAUCCACCACGCCCUUCAACAACCAGUCUGCCGCCGCUAGCAACCCGACUGAUGCCACACAGAACCCCGCUCUAGACAGUAACAGCAUCAACAACAUUAGCGCCGCCUCGCAACCCGCUCCUCCCGCGCCCGACCAGCACCAGCAGCAGCAGAACAACCAGCAGCAGCAGCAGAACACGGGUCCCCUCCGCUACUCCAAGGACGAACUCUACGAGAUCUACAAGCAUAGUGCCGAGGCAGCCAACAACAUCGACAUGUCGUCUCUCUUUGCGCCCUCGUGGAAUCCCAACCAGACUAACGGCACAGCUUCGCGCGUGUGGGGCAAGACCAGCGAUUCCCCGCACGUCCCCCAAGAUCCUACCGUCUGUUGGGAUCCGAACGGCACCGUCAAGCCCAUCGGCCUCGAGCCCAUGACUGCGGAGGAGCGCGACAUGUUUGCCACCGACGUGAACUCGACCUUGAAGCCGCCCCAGCAGCAGAACAAGGAGGGCGUGCAGGGUAUACAGAACGGCGGGCGCAAGACCUCCAUUAGCGCCAACACGAGCAACUUCUCCACAGCUUCGCCCGCCACUGCUUCGAGACCCGCCACCCGACGCCGCGAGACCGUCGAUACGAAUCCCUUUCCAAGCUCGGCCGUUGCCUCCCCGACCACCGCCGGCCGUUUCCCCCGAGACGAUCCCUGGCUCCCUCGCCGGAACACCGAUCUGAGGGACUCCAUCGCCGACGAGCCCGCCGAAGAGACCCUCCCGACGAGAUCGCAGCCUUUCGGUCUCACUAGGUCCAAUACUGCUGGGUCCAGUGCCUUUGGCAGCUCUGCCUCGCUGUGGGGUCCCGCCGCGACCACCCCCGGCGCGGGCAUCGGUGCUUUUGGUAGCUUCGCCCUGAACACCACGUCCGCGAUCGGGGAAAAGCGUUUUGGUGGCACGGGGGGAAGUCGUCUGGCCCAUUUGAUUCCCAAAGACUCGAACGAUAGUGUGGCUGCCAAUAAGGGAAACGAGUCUGCUCCCGGUACUGAUACCAACCGUGGUUGGAGACCCCGCCAGCGUACUGAUACUGACCCCUUUGGGCCUGACGACAGUCUGACCGGCAGCGCUAUCCUCGGCGGGGCGCAGGACAACAGUCCGCCCGCGUCGUCUCUCCAGCGCAGCGGCGUCUUCGAUACUCCUGUCAAGGGUAACAGCGGCGAUUUCGGCAUGUCGGCUCUCAAUCUCGGCAACAACCAGAGCGAGCAGGGAAACGGGCCCGCCAGCCCCUCCGAAACGAACCCGUAUCGCAGCCCGCUAGCCGAGCGUGGCGAUGAGGGCCAUGACGACGCCGAGAUCGAUCGACUUACCCACAAUGCUGCCGGGUCCGAGCCGCAGUCCAACUUCAGCACCCUGUCUCGCGCCUUUGGGGGUGCCCCUUUUGAUGGCAGCGACCGCAGCCAAACUUCGAGUGUUGGCGCCAAGGGCUUCCCGACCGUCAACACUCUCGGAGGAUGGCCUACUGCUCCUUCGGUCGGUACUCCCGAUCGCGAAAGACAGCCCUUCAACAAUGCUUUUGGAACCAGCAUCUUCAGCCCUAUUGGUGAUUUGCAGUCUCCUGGUUUUGGUGGCCUUGGUGGUUUUGGCGUUGCUGGUGGUUCGGGACUUGGCCGUGCCAACAAGCUCAGCUCUUUGUUCCCUCCCGCCAUGCAGGCUCAGAUGCAUACUGGCCACGAGCAGGAGAACCUGAGUGAUUCUGUUCCGGACCUUAGACAGGCCAAUCCUCUUGGUGCUAUCGGACGUGGUGCUAUUGGUACUCAGCCUCGCGAUGCCGCUAGCCCCAUGAGAGCUGGUAGAGGUGCCUUUGAGGACUUGUUCCCCGGUACCGAUGCUAUAAAGUCGCCCUUCACGAGCGGCGAGCACCAGCCUGGUCUGACGUCCACGGCGCCCUCUUCGGGUUUCCCCGCCACCGCGGCCGGCCCCGCCUUUUCGGCUACCCCUACCGCUGGCGAGCCUGGUCAGCAGCAGCAGCGUACCAUGGUCAUGCCUGAUCGCAUGCGUUGGGUCUACCUGGAUCCUCAAGGACAGAUGCAGGGACCCUUCUCUGGCUUGGAGAUGAAUGACUGGUACAAGGCCAACUUCUUUUCGCCUGACCUCCGUGUCAAGCGUGUGGAGGACCCUGACUUUGAGCCUCUGGGUCAGCUUAUCCGGCGCAUUGGUAACUCUCGUGAGCCCUUCCUCGUUCCUCAGAUGGGCAUUCCUCACGGACCCCCGCCUUCGGCCGGUCCUUUCGCUCUCGGCGGUGCUGCUGAGGCCAUUCCUCCCCUUCAGGGUGCUUUCCCGUCUUUCGGCAGAACCUUGACCGCUGCUCAGCAGAACGACUUGGAGCGUAGGAAGCAGGAAGAGCAAUUGUAUCACGCUAGGCAGCGGGAGUUCCUGCAUCAUCAUCAGAGCUUCGGCCGUCUUCCUCUCCAGCCUGGUAUCCCCGGAGCUCUGCACCACCAUUCUAGCGCCCACAGCUUGCAGAGCCAGCCUAGCUUUGGCAGCAUUACUUCCCCCAUUGGUAUGCCGCAGCCUCCCAUCGGCGCUAUUGGCCCCAACUCCGGCUUCUUCGAGGCCCCCGUUAGCCUGGGUCAGGCCCCUGCCCAGCCCGGCUUGGGUCCCGAUCUCUUCGCUUCUGACCUGAACUUGGGUGAGCGCCAGUUGCUGGCUAACCUUCAGGCCAAUGGUGGUCUCCCUGGCUCCUUUCCUGCCCAGCCCAUUGGUGCCCCCAUCGGCGACAACUCGUCUCUCCGCAGCAACCUCCCUUCCGUCGAUCAGCUCCGCAAUGACGAGCAGGGUUUCAACACUAAGCUCAAGGAGUUCCACGAGCUUCGCGCCCAGCACGAUGCUGAGGAGGCCGCCGCCCAGGCCAGUGCUGCUGCUGCCCAGGAAGUCCUCCAGGAGGUGAAGGAGGAAGCUUCCAAGCUCAAUGAGGACCCCAAGGCUGCUCCCGCCUCUGCCCAAGAGACUGUCAAGCCUUCCAAGAAGCAGACCCAAGAGACUAAGGAGGUCCCCGCUGCUAAGGAGGCCGCUCCCCAAGUCGAGGUUUCCUUGACCGAGAAGAUCAGAAAGACUCAGGCCGAGAACAAUGCUGCCAAGCUCGCUCAGCAGGCCGCGGCUUCGGGCCUUCCCAUGCCCUUCCCUCCUCCUCCCCAGGCUAACACGCCCCUUGCUGCCCCCACUGCUCAACGUCCUGCCUCGCAGCUCCCUGCUAGAUACGGCGAGCGCUCUGGUUCUGGCACUCCCGACACCACGUCUGAUGCUUCCGUCCUUGCCCCUCCCCCUACCGCUCCCUGGGCCGGCACUGAGACUCAGAAGGGCCCCAGCCUGAAGGAGAUUCAGGAGGCCGAGGCCAAGAAGGCUGCCAAGAAGGAAGAGGCGGCCGCUGCCGCUCGUCGUGCUGCUCUUGAGCAGGAGGCUGCCGCUCUCCGUGAGCGCGAGAAGGCUGCUGCUGCUGCCCACAUCGGUCUGCCCGCUACCAGCACCUGGGGUACUGGUUCCCCCGUCGGCGCCCCCGCUUCUGGUAGUCCCUGGAAGCAGCCUGCCGCUGCCAAGGUCGCCACCACCACCACGGGCUCUAAGAAGACCCUUGCCGAGAUCCAGCGCGAGGAGGAGCUGCGCAAGCAGAAGGCCAAGGAGGCGGCCAUGCAGGCCAGCGUCAUCUCGGGUUCUGCCCUUGGUAAGCGUUAUGCCGACCUGGCCAGCAAGACUUCCUCGCCCUCUGCGCCCCCCGGCAUGGUCACUCCCGGCGCUGCUGCUCAGGCUGCUGCUGCUGCGGCGGCGGCCUCUUCUGUUGGUGGCGGUUGGUCUACUGUUGGGGCGGGUGGCAAGGUUAAGAUUCCCACUGGCCCGGCUGCGACCAGCCGGCCUGUUAGCACUGCGCCUGUCAAGACUACCGUGACCCCGGCUGCAAAGGUUGUGGCCAAGCCUGCGCCCGCCGCGCUCAAGGAUGCCAAGAAUGUGGCUAUGGAGGAGUUCAAGAAGUGGUUGCAUCGUGAGCUGUCCAGGGGUUUGAACGGUGUUAAUGACAUCGAAACCUUUGCCUCUACCCUCCUCGAGCUCCCCCUCGACGUGUCCAUUCUCUCGGAGUGUGUCUACGGCUUUUCCACCACCAUGGAUGGCCGCCACUUUGCCGAGGAGUUUGUCCGUCGGCGCAAGCUCGCCGACAAGGGCAUUGUCGAGAAGGAUUCCAACACUGGCGCCAUGUCUUCUAGCAAUGGUGGUUGGUCCGAGGUGGCCAAGAAGGGUGGUAACGGCGCGCAGAGCCAAGUCAAGGAAGAUCCCAUGGCUGCGGUGCCUGGAUUCCGAGUUGUUCAGGCCAAGAAGGGCAAGGGCAAGAAAUAGUCGUCUGCCAAUGUUGCCUUUGGAUCGGAGAUUUUUUUUGGAAGGGUGAUGAUGCUAUAGUAGAGGGGGGAUGUACAGGAUGACGAAGGAAAAGUUGUCUUUUGGCUGCCAGCAGCUGACUGACGUAGGAUGGUCAAGCGUCAAGCGUUCUAUGGUUACUUGCCAGUAUGUUACGGAUAGUGUAGUAUAGCGGUAUCAGUAGCAGCGAUGAGAUGUAUUGACUGUACGUGGUCUUUACUAGUACUAUUCGGUUUCCC